AAGCAUGCACAACUUACACACAGAAUAUAACACAACACCAUUCCCAUUAACAUGCCAAGGGUAUAAUGGAGGGAUUAUGUAGCUGCAUCAAACUACAAUAUAUGUACAAACAGAGAGAGAGAGAGAGAGACUGAGACUGGGCAUGGAGGGUAGAGGGGUAGGGGUUUCAUAUUCAGAACUGAGAUGAUUGUUGAGUGUGCAACACAAGAAGUGAGUGGAAGCACCUGUUGGGACUAUGUAGACUUGUUCAGCAUUCAGGAUGUGAAAGAAAUAGAGAGAGUCCAAGAGAGCAGGGUGAAAGAGUAAAGUGAGAGUGAGAAUAAAAUGAGGAGGUUGAGUAUGUUUGUCUGUUCAUACCUUUCAGAAUAUGUGCAUAUCCAUUUGUAUGAGUAGUUGAUAUGGCAGCCCUAACAGUUGUGAUCAGGGGGUCCAAAUGAUGGAGACCCCCACCACAAAUGAAAUGCCAUAAUGGGGUGGUUUAAAAUCUGAGUUGCAGCAGCAGCAGCAGCAAGAGCAGCCACAUUUAUGGAGGAACAGAUUUGUCCCCAGCCCUAGAGAAAGGUGGGUGACAUCAAGGGAGAAAAACUGAGAGGGAGAGAAGAAGGGCAGGGGUGCAGCAUUAGAGGGUGCAAUAGCUAUGGUGGAAGCUCAGCGAGCACUGCUUGAUGAGCUCAUGGGAACAGCAAGGGACCUGACAGCUGAAGAGAGGAAAGGCCAUUGCGAGAUGCAAUGGGAUGACCCCCUUGUAUGCACGUGCUUCCUCGUCAACUUCUGCCCACAUGACCUGUUUGUGAACACAAAGAGUGACCUUGGGCCCUGCCCAAAGAUUCAUGAUCCCAAGCUUAAGGAAAGCUACCAGCAAUCAACCCGCCACGACAACUAUGUACCUCGGUUUGAGGCACAGCUCUUCCAAUUCUGUGAGAAGCUGGUACAAGACCUGGACCGCAAGGUUCGACGAGGCCGGGAACGCCUUGCUCAAGAUGCCAAUACCUCCACAAUGUUGAUGCCCAUCUCCACUGAGAAGUCCGACUUGCUUGUGAACAUUGAAGAAAGCAUCAAAAAGCUUCUGGAGAAGAUUGAGGUGUUUGGGGAGGUGGGUCAAGUGGACGAGGCUGAGGCUUUGAUGAAGAAGGUGGAUAUGUUGAAUAUGGAGAAGGCCAUCCUGACACAGCAAAUCACAAAUGAGCGAGGGCUCAUUCUGUCACAGGAGAAGAAGAUGGCGCUGUGUGAGACUUGUGGGUCCUUUCUCGUGGCCAAUGAUGCCACUGAGCGCACCCAUUCUCACAUGACCGGCAAACAACAUGUGGGCUAUGGUCUCGUCCGCCACUACCUCCUUCACUACCAGGCACAGAGGGAGAAAUCAAGGGAUGAGAACCAGGCAACGAUGCCAAGUGGGGAGGACCUCAGCCCAAUCAGGGUGGGGGGCAGCGUGGACAAGAAGAAGAAGCAUAACAACAACAACAACCAGGACGAGGGUGGGAAGGAUAAGCUCUCCCCUGCAAGAGAGAAAGAGAAAGAUAGAGACAGGGAGAAAGGCAGGGAGAAGGAGAAGGAGAGGGAGAAAGACAGAGACAGGGAAAAGAGCAGGGCGAAAGAGAAAGACAAGUGGAGGCGAGAGUGGUCGCGCAAGCACAGCGACCCCCUUUGGCACACAACCUCCCCUUACCGACACCACCUCAACGGAGGAGGAGACGCCGACUGCCGCAAACGCCGCCGCACCGACCAUGCCGGCGCCAACUAACACGUCUUCCCCCCCACAUCCCCGCCUUUUUCCCAUCCAUUCGCUCAUUCAUCCGUCACAAUGACGUGCCUUUAUUAGAUGAAUGAAUCUAAGGUUGGACGGAUGGACGGACAGAUAUCCGUCUUCCUUCAUCCGUCCGUCAAAUCAUGUCGGUCCCAGUCCGGUCCGGUUCUCAGCAACAGGCACAAUUUCUCGCUGCAAUGCAAUGCUGAGCCACCUGUUCCUCCACUUCCCAUCACAUUCGUGCUCUUGUUGAGCAUCAUUUCUACCACUGAACACUGUGCUCACCUUCUCCAUUAUAACUCACUUGGGGUUGUUUUAAAAAGCAACCCUCAUUGUUCUAUCAAUGAAAACACUACAACACAACAAUUACCAACACCAAAUGGCUUUCUCAUGA